UACAUGAAGCUUCCAUUGAACUAAAAUGAAAACACCUUCAUAUCAAAUUCACUAUUGUCUAAAGCCGUCAUCAUAAAAACAUUUGACCCUUAACAAACCUCCUCCUCCUCCUCCUCCUCCUCCUCUCAAAUCCAACCUCCUAAACGAAUUAACCAUGGCGACCUUCCCCAUAGCCUACCAGGAGCAUCUUCCAUCUGUGCCAUCCUGGCUGAACAAAGGCGACAACGCAUGGCAAUUGAUUGCUUCCACUCUGGUUGGCUUACAGAGCAUGCCGGGUCUUGUCAUCAUCUACGCAAGUAUCGUCAAGAAGAAAUGGGCCGUCAACUCUGCUUUCAUGGCUCUCUACGCAUUCGCCGCUGUUCUCAUUUGCUGGGUCCUGGUGGCCUACCGCAUGGCCUUCGGAGACGAAUUGCUUCCCUUCUGGGGUAAAGGUGCACCGGCUCUAGGCCAGAACUAUCUCAUUGAACGAGCCCAGGUCCCGGAAAGCACCCACCAUCGUUCUAAUGGCUCGGUUGAGACCCCCAUGAUCCAGCCUUUUUACCCCAUGGCCUCACUUGUUUACUUUCAAUUCACUUUUGCUGCCAUUACAGUCAUUUUGCUAGCAGGCUCUGUUCUGGGUCGCAUGAAUAUUAAAGCCUGGAUGGCUUUUGUCCCCCUCUGGCUCAUAUUUUCCUACACCGUGGGCGCUUUCAGUCUCUGGGGCGGUGGCUUUCUUUUCCACUGGGGUGUUAUUGAUUACUCCGGGGGCUACGUGAUUCACCUCUCUUCAGGAAUCGCCGGCUUCACGGCAGCUUAUUGGGUUGGACCGAGGUUGAAGAGUGACAGAGAAAGGUUUCCUCCAAACAAUGUGUUGCUGAUGCUUGCGGGUGCGGGUUUGCUGUGGAUGGGAUGGUCUGGUUUCAAUGGUGGAGCUCCGUAUGCAGCUCAUAUUGACGCAUCUAUAGCUGUGCUGAACACGAAUGUCUGUGCGGCAACUAGCCUUCUUGUUUGGACAACUCUUGAUGUUAUUUUCUUUGGUAAGCCUUCGGUGAUCGGAGCCGUUCAAGGGAUGAUGACGGGACUUGUCUGCAUCACUCCCGGUGCAGGAUUGGUGCAAUCAUGGGCAGCAAUAGUGAUGGGGAUUCUUUCCGGUAGUAUUCCAUGGGUGUCUAUGAUGAUCCUCCACAAAAAUUCCAGCCUCUUACAGAAGGUGGAUGACACACUGGGCGUGUUCCACACCCACGCGGUUGCUGGGCUCCUAGGCGGGUUAUUGACUGGUCUAUUUGCAGAGCCGCACCUAUGCAAUCUCAUAUUGCCGGUGUCGGACAGCAGAGGUGCGAUUUAUGGUGAUGGGUUUCAGUUGUUGAAGCAAUUGGUUGCAGCCAUGUUCGUGAUUGGGUGGAACAUCGUCUCCACCACAAUUAUUCUAAUGAUAAUAAGAUUGUUUAUACCACUGAGGAUGGGUGAAGAGGAGCUGGCCAUAGGUGACGAUGCUGCUCAUGGUGAAGAAGCUUAUGCUCUUUGGGGUGAUGGGGAAAGAUAUGACCCUAAAAAGCAUGGCAGUAAUUUUCAACAAUCUUCUUAUUCCGAGAUUAUUCCAACCACCUCACCCUACACAAAUGGUGCUAGAGGUGUAACUAUUAGUUUGUAAGCUUGUAGCUAUACAUACAUAGACCUCCUAAAACUAUACCCGCCAAUAUACACACAUAUAGGAUG